AUGAGGCGUCAAGCAGGGUCGGACUUUCGCCGCCUUCUUUUUUUAUGCGUUCUCAUGGCGCAUAGCGCAUUUGGAGAUGUGAGCUACUCUUUUCCCGAGGAGAUGGAUCCAGGAUCUGUGAUUGGGAAUAUAGCCAAAGAGCUCGGACUUGACGCCGGCAGGUUGGCUGCUCGCAAGGCUCGAAUAGAUACGGAAGAUAAGAAACGUUACUGCGACUUGAAUCUGAAAACUGGUGACCUGAUUGUGAAGGAAAGAAUCGACCGGGAGGAGCUUUGCUCCAAGGCGGCCUCGUGUGUUGUGAAAUUUGAGUUAAUAUUAGAACGUCCCCUGGAACUGCAUCGUGUAACACUCCAAAUCGAAGACAUCAAUGAUAAUGCACCUUUCUUCCCUAAGGAGGUUAUUAAACUAGAAAUACGCGAAUCUGCAGACAAAGGAGCCCGCUUUCGAGUGAAUGAGGCACACGAUGCAGACAUAGGAAAGAACUCGGUUCAGACGUACACGUUACAAAGAAAUGAUCACUUCACGCUGUCUGUGAAUACUAAUGAAAACGGAAGGAAACAUGUGGAAUUAGUGUUAGAUAAAGAACUUGACCGCGAACAGCAGGAUAAGGUAGCAUUAAUCCUUACCGCUCUUGACGGAGGCGAUCCGCCGAAAUCAGGUACCGUAGCUAUACACAUCACUGUGCUUGAUGCAAACGACAAUGCCCCUUUGUUUAGUCAGAGUAUUUACAAAGCUAGUCUGCCAGAAAACUCACCUAUAGGCACAAUAGUAACCACAGUUAAUGCGACGGAUGCAGAUGACGGACCCAAUGGUGAAGUAUUUUAUGAAUUCAGUCUUAUAUCUAACAAGGCCCGUGGAGUAUUUUCGUUGAACACAAAAACAGGUGAAAUCAACGUAAUCGGUCCAAUUGAUUUUGAGGACGAAUCGACAUAUGAAAUACUCGUCGAAGCUAAAGAUGGAUCUGGACUCUCUACAGACGCUAAAGUAAUUGUUGACAUCGUCGAUGUUAAUGACAAUGCUCCAGUUAUUUUUCUGAAAUCUCUCAACAACCCCCUUCCCGAGAACGAACCUCCCGAUACAGAGGUUGCCAUAAUUAGUGUACAGGACAGAGACUCUGGCAAUAACAGAAAGGUCCGCUGUUUCAUUCAAGAAAAUGUACCUUUCAGACUUAUGCCGUCCAUUAAAAAUUAUUUUUCUCUGGUAACAACGAGUGAACUGGACCGUGAGCUUGUCGCUGAUUAUAAUAUUACAAUAACUGCAACCGACGAAGGUUCUCCACCCUUAUCAUCCUCCAAAACAAUACAGUUUUCCGUAGGCGAUGUAAACGAUAACCCACCUGUAUUUAAGCUUCAGUCCUAUCGUGCUCAGGUACCGGAGAACAACAAACUGGGCUCGUCUGUAUGUACGGUGACAGCAUCCGAUCCAGACUGGCGACAAAACGGCACCGUGUUUUACUCUCUGUUGCCCGGUGAAGUGAAUGGAAUCCCGGUUAACUCUUUGUUGUCCAUUAACGGAGAUACAGGAGUCGUUCAUACAGCCAAGUCCUUUGAUUAUGAGAAGUUGCAAAGCUUCAAAGUGUAUGUUUUAGCCAGAGACAACGGUUCGCCUCCACUCAGCAGUAACGCGACCGUGAAUGUCUUUAUCACAGAUACAAAUGACAAUUCUCCGCAGAUAUUAUAUCCAUCGCCCGAAGGAAAGUCCCUCAUGACCGAAAUGGUGCCCAGGGCUUUACAGGCGAACUCUCUGGUCUCCAAAGUCAUUGCUGUGGAUGCCGACUCUGGGCAGAACGCGUGGCUGUCAUAUCAGAUAGUCAAGUCGAGUGAUACGGGACUUUUUGCCAUGGGUGUCCACAGCGGAGAGAUCAGGACGCAGAGAGACGUGUCUGAAUCUGACGCUGUGAAACAGACCCUUGUGGUGUCGGUGAAAGAUAAUGGACAGCCUCCUCUCUCUGCAACGUGCACGGUGUAUUUGCUUAUUUCAGAUAACUUAUCUGAACUUCCUGAACUGAAGGACAUGUCAAGUGACGAGAGCAGCUCCAAGCUCACCACUUAUUUAAUUAUUGCGCUUGUGUCCGUGACCACUUUUUUCAUCACGUUUAUCAUCAUUACCCUGGCCGUGAAGUUUUGUCAUAGGAAAAAGCCCAGGAUGUUGUUUGAUGGCGCACUGGCUAUCCCCAGUGCGUAUUUGCCUCCAAAUUACGCAGACGUCGACGGCACAGGAACUUUACGCAGCGCUUACAAUUAUGACGCGUAUCUGACCACCGGCUCUCGCACUAGCGACUUUAAGUUCACCAGAUGCUACAAUGAUGGGACUCUGCCGGCAGACAUGACUCUGAAAAAGUCUGCGUCUGUUGAUCAUGACAGCCUGUUUGAGUCCAUCGAUUCGGCACAGUGCUUUUAA